UUGGACGAAUCUGGUUCAUGCAGUCUAGCGGCACAGUUGUGCCGAGCGCUAACUGCACCAGGGAACAUGGCGACUGUCUUGAGUGUUUCACGUGCUUUUGCCUUUUCCAGAUCGCAGUUGUCGUCAUGUUUCCGGAUGCUUUCGAGUUCUGGGAAAGUAGACCUCGUUGUUAUUGGCUCUGGUCCGGGUGGUUAUGUUGCAGCCAUAAAAGCUGCCCAACUGGGAAUGAAAACCGUUUGUGUGGAAAAGAACGAAACAUUGGGUGGCACCUGCCUGAAUGUUGGAUGCAUUCCGAGCAAAUCGCUUCUGAAUAAUUCACAUCUGUACCACCUGGCACACUCGGAUGAAAUGGCUAAACGUGGGAUCGAUGUAAACACAGUACAGCUUAACCUGCCCGCAAUGUUAAAAGCUAAAGAAAAGGCGGUAUCCAGUCUUACAGGAGGCAUUGCGUACCUUUUCAAACAGAACAAGGUGGAACAUGUGAGGGGCUUUGGUUCCAUUUCCGGUCCGAAUGAGGUUUUGGUGAAAAAGACAGAUGGGGGUGAAGAGACGAUCCAGACAGAUCGUAUUCUGAUUGCUUCUGGGAGUGAGGUAACUCCGUUCCCCGGAGUCGAUAUUGAUGAACAAACAAUCGUUUCCAGUACUGGUGCGUUAUCCCUACCAAAGGUGCCUGAACAUCUCGUCGUCAUUGGAGCUGGCGUGAUCGGUGUCGAGCUUGGUUCUGUGUGGAGUAGACUUGGCGCAAAGGUUACGUGCGUAGAAUUCCUAGGCCAUGUCGGUGGCCUGGGUAUCGACAUGGAAGUUAGCAAGUCAUUCCAACGUAUUUUAACGAAACAGGGUCUCACCUUCAUGCUGAACACCAAGGUCACGGCAGCUUCAAAGUCCGGUAACAGUGUCACUGUUACUGUUGAGGGCGUGAAAGACGGCAAAACGAGCUCACUUGAGUGUGAUACCCUGCUCAUUUGUAUCGGACGACGACCUUAUACGACGGGACUGAACCUCGACAAAGUGGGAAUCAAGUUGGACGAUAGGGGUCGCAUCCCUGUAAACAAGCAUUUCCAGACGUCCGUUCCAAGCGUGUAUGCCAUUGGAGAUUGCAUCCCUGGUCCAAUGCUAGCACAUAAAGCUGAGGACGAAGGCAUAAUCUGUGUAGAAGGCAUGAAAGGUGGUGCGGUCCACAUGGACUAUAACUGUGUCCCAAGUGUUAUCUACACUCAUCCUGAAUGUGCAUGGGUUGGUCGUUCAGAAGAGCAGUGCAAGGAGGAAGGUCUACCAAUGAAAAUUGGAAGGUUCCCAAUGUCUGCUAAUUCCCGUGCCAAGACCAACGAUGAACCAGAUGGCAUGUUCAAAGUGAUAGCGCACAAAGAAACUGACCGCAUUCUCGGUGUUCACUUGUUGGGUCCCUCCGCCGGCGAGCUGAUAAACGAAGCUGCACUCGCGAUGGAAUAUGGUGCAUCUGCAGAAGAUGUGGCACGCGUCUGCCAUGCACACCCUACCCUUUCGGAAGCACUCCGAGAAGCUUGUCUGUCGGCUUUCUGUGGUAAAGCGAUAAACUUUUCUUGAGCAACCGCGUUUCGUGCUAUCGAUCCUCCGUUGGCUAGGUGCAAAUACUUCAUAAUUUUUUCCAUCAGAGUUUAGCCAAUUUUAAAACUGUUUUCCCCAAUUCGCUUGUCGUAGUUCAUGGUUGUGUAUUUUUUUCAAACCCAUCAGUGUACUUUUCAAAGAAAAUGUUGGUAGAGAGGCGCACUUUAAUCCACCUUCAUGAACCGUGCCUCAGCUGUUCCUCGCUACACGUGAAAUUAGUUCUUGUUCAUUUUGGAAUCAAUUUGAAAAGGGCGGAUGUAUCAUUUAAUAAAUUGCAUUAUGACAAAAUCAGAUAUCCUGAGAUUGUUAAAUGGACAGAUUGAACUGCUUCCGGUUGGUAUUCCGUGUUGUCUUCCUCUUGGCGUUUUCGACGAUCAUCCUGGAGCGUUGUUUGAUUGCAUCACGAGUCAGUACUUCUUGAUCGACCUCGUCCGUACCGCUUCCUCCUGAAGGACAAGAGUGGGUGGGUUAUUGGUAAACGUGCAAGACGGUACUAUCGUAUGUGCUUUUCCUGGUUUCGCUCCUUCCACAACUAUGACAGACCUUUCUAUUCACUGUGGUCUUUCACUACCCGUAAUCGUCAGGUUUCAAUUUUAUCAGCAGCCCAGCGAAUCACUUCUGCAACACUGUAUCUUCCUUUUGUCAGAUUCGAAGUUAAUUUUGAUAUGCA